CCUCUCAAAUCCCUAAAACAACCAACCAAAACUUUCUUCUAUUUUCCAGAUAUCACUUAAUUAUACCAAACAAAAGGAAAAAAAUGAAAAUUAGAAGUUUAAUCUCAUUAUCUCUAUCCAUAGGUAUCGCCCUAAUUGCCAUUUUAGCAUCCAAAACUCUCUUAAAAACGCAUCGGCCUGAAGCUUUUAUGCGCUCUCCUUUUGAUUUUUUACAAGAUAUCAAAAUAUUCUUUUGUGGUCACCGUCAUCAUCAUCAUCAUCAUCAUCAUCAUCACCGUCAUAAACCUUCGGAUACCAAAAAGAAGGUAUCGAUAUGCGAAGAUUUCCCCAAGAAUAUACCUCCAUUGGACACGGACACAACGUCAUAUCUCUGCGUUGAUAAGAAUGGUUGCUGCAAUUUCACGACGGUGCAAUCAGCAGUGGACGCGGUAGGGAAUUUUAGUCAGAGAAGGAACGUGAUUUGGAUUAACUCCGGCAUGUACUAUGAAAAAGUUAUGAUUCCGAAGACUAAACCAAACAUAACGUUGCAAGGACAAGGGUUCGAGACUACGGCCAUAGCGUGGAACGACACGGCCUACUCAGCUAAUGGCACUUUUUACUGUGCCUCGGUCCAAGUCUUCGGUUCUCAGUUCGUCGCUAAGAACAUUAGUUUCAUGAACGUGGCGCCGAUACCAAAGCCAGGAGACGUAGGAGCUCAGGCGGUAGCGAUAAGAAGCGCCGGAGAUGAAUCGGCGUUUGUGGGGUGCGGUUUCUUCGGAGCUCAAGACACUCUUCAUGACGAUAGAGGUCGUCAUUACUUUAAGGAUUGCUACAUUCAAGGCUCCAUCGAUUUCAUCUUCGGCAACGCUAAGUCUCUCUACCAGGACUGUCGAAUAAUAUCAAUGGCGAACCAAGUGAGCCCAGGGUCAAAGGCCGUCAACGGAGCCGUGACUGCAAACGGUCGUAACUCCAAGGACGAGAACAGUGGCUUCUCGUUCGUCAACUGCUCGAUCGGUGGCACUGGUCACGUGUGGCUAGGGCGUGCAUGGAGGCCUUACUCACGUGUUGUCUUCGUUUCCACUACCAUGACCGAUGUUAUCGCAUCCGAAGGCUGGAACAACUUCAACGAUCCCUCUAGGGACGCGACUAUAUUCUAUGGAGAGUACAAUUGUUCGGGUACAGGAGCUGAUAUGUCAAAGAGGGCACCGUAUGUUCAGAAGCUUAACGAGGCUCAAGUGGCUCUCUUCAUUAACACUUCUUAUAUCGAUGGAGAUCAGUGGUUACAGUUUUCCGAUCUUUAAAUCAAAUCAAUAAAAGAGGAAAGAUUAAAUAAUCCUCAAUUCCUUCUGAGUGAAAAAAUGAGAGAAAAAGGCGUUUGAUGAACUACUUUAAUUACUAAACCGCCCUAGUAAAACUUGUCAGCAGUGUGAACCAUAUGAAUAAAAGAAGGGGCAUAAUGGGAAUUAGGUAAUUCAUUGUGUUUUAAUAAUAUACAAAAGAGACCCACUCGCUCUCCACCUUUUCAAGAAGAAAGAAAAAGACUGUCUCUCUCCCAAUUACAUCUAUUCAUCUUCUCCUUUUCUUGCAUUUUGGUGUGUCUGAAUUUGUUCACAUCUCCGAAAAUUAUGAAAUCUACCUACACAAUAUCCGGAAGAAAAAAAAAAA